AUGACAGAAAUUACCUUGUCACCGGAGGAAAUAUGGUCUGGCGGAAUCCCGACAACUGUUCGUCUGCACCCCGGUAUCGACUUGGAUGAUGAUGAUUUGCUGGAGGAAAUCAAAGGCUGGUGCCUGUUUGUAAAGGAGUCUCGGGCACAGAUCCCCAACCUCGACAAGGAUGUGACCAACCGAAGGGGUCUUAUCCAGAAAUGGGCGUCAGCUGAUCAAAGCUUUCGUGAUUCAUACCAUCAGCGCGCCCCUCUUCCCGCAACGGACGUUUGGGAUACCCUAAGGCAAUCUCCGCCUUUUAUCUGUCUCGUUGACCAGCCGUAUACCCCGGAGAACUACGUCCGGAUCACCAAGCUCUUGAUCCUCUUGUAUAUCCACCUCGGAAGAGACUGCGGCCAUCCUUUCUCCCACCAUGGCGUUUGGUACCCUACGUCGCAACUUCCAGGAUUUCUGCUUGACCCUGCCACAAGCGCGAGCGCAGUCUCCCCGGAGGAUCGCGCGCGUCUGCUCACCCCGGCCAACAUCCCCACGAGUUCCUGGCUCGAGCCCGCCGACUUGGGGAUGAUAGCCCUAACCCGCGCCGGGACUGUGGUCUUUCCCAACCUCAGUUGCCAAGCCUUCUACAUUCUGGACGAUCAGAGCUGCUAUGAUGGACGUCUUCUCCUCCUCCACUUCGCCCCCAACGGCCAGGUGGCCCACCAGGCGCGAAUGCUUCCGUGGAAUCUCGGGCCCCUCACCUCGUUCCGGUAUAGCCUCUGGCAUUCGUGGGCUGAACUCAUGGAAGAUAGUCCCUACACGCACCCGCGCUGGAAUCGUCCCAUUGAUAUGCACCUCCCGCUCCUGGAUAUCAUGGCCUCACUGACGGCGCGCGAGGACCUGGAGCAAUUCAACGAUGCUUCCCAGGAAGAAUGGGCGGAGGAGUUCGAGCGAUUCGCGCCGGAGUUUCUGGCCUAUGAACGCCAGAAUCGAGAAAGAGAGUACAGCUGGGACCGGCUGGCGGAGAUCGCAGGUGACGGCCCGUUGACCCAGUAUAAUCACCUUCGCCAUGUCCAAAAGCUGGCGGCGUUACAGGGGCGCUGUCCGCCUUGGCCUGCUGGUCCAAGAACUUUAUAG